ACGGACGGCAGACUGACUUAAGGCUUGUCCGGCGGGGUCUGGAUCCAUCUCAUCGGAAGGGCAGAAGUGUUUUUCACUGGCCUGCAGCACUGAAAGGGUUAAAGCCACCGAGCUGUUUUCUGGAGAGGCUAGGUAGACGGGAAGGCGGAAAAGCAGAAAUGCUCUUUUGUGCGGGCGCUUUGCUACUGAAUUGGCACAGUGGACAGGAUCUUAAGAUCUGCAACACGAGGGGAAAGCCUUGCAGGCGGAUCCCGGGAACCUUUACUCACAAUUGGAGGCUACCCAAGAGAAGGGAAAGCAGAUGGGAGAGCAAGACCCACAAGGACCUGGAAAUGGCAAGAGAACAAGAGAAGGCGUCCAUCACAUCCCAGCAGGGAGUGCUGUUGAAUUCUGGGAAACAGCUAUGCCUGAGAUCAGGGAUCAGGAGCCUAUAAACACAGAAGUACUUUGCCAUCGCUUCCGGCAAUUAUGCUACUAUGAGGCCAAUGGGCCCCGAGAGGUUUGCAGCCAGCUCUAUGGACUUUGCAACCUCUGGCUGAAGCCAGAGAGGCACUCCAAGAAGCAGAUCCUGGACCUGGUGAUCCUGGAGCAAUUCUUGGCCAUCCUGCCAGAGGAAAUGCAGCAUUGGGUCACAGGAUGUGGUCCGGAGACCAGUUUCCAGGCUGUGGCUCUGGCUGAAGGUUUCCUUAUGAGUCAGGCAGAGGAAAAGAGGCAGGCAGAACAGAUGUCGGGACCAUCCAUGAAGAUGGAAGCUAAGUUCUCUGAGGUGGAAGGAGCUCCUUCAGAGGAGUGGCAGAGGGCGCAGACCCAGGACUGGGCCCCAGAUGCCCUCUCAUAUGGCACUGGGGAUAUGUUGUUGAGCCAUCGAUUUGUCAGAGGUGUGGAAAUGGCUGCUGUGCCUUCAGUCCAGUGUCCGUUUUUCUUUGAGGAGGUGGCUGUGUAUUUCUCUGAGGCAGAGUGGGCCCUGCUGGAUCCGAAUCAAAGAGCUCUCUACAUGGAAGUCAUGCUAGAGAAUUAUGGAAGCGUGGCCUUUUUGGAAGCCAGUAAUGUAGAUGAGACUACAGUGGAGACAAACAAAAGCUUCCCUUCCAAAGAAGUGUUGAAAAGUUUCUCAAGAGGAUCUCAAGAGAGAAUUUCCUUUUCAGAUAAGCUGGCUGCAACAGAAGAUGUCAAGGAGGCGAUUGGGAAAUUCCAGGGGUUUUCAUUGGAAAGAAACAAGGAAGAAGAAUCUCAGUGUCACUUCAGCGAUCAAGAGAGACUAAAGAGGCAAGAGGGAAGCCAUGGAAAAAAGAUGAGGGAAAACCCCAUUCUUUUCCAAAAAAGAGAUUUUCAUGAUGUAAUUGACAUGACAGAGGAAACAUACAAAUACUUAGACUGGGGAUUGAAUUUCUCAGAUCAAACUAAAGAUAUGGAUUUGCAUAAGCACCCUGGAAAGAAGGCCUAUAACAGCUUCCAGGGUGCAAAGAACUUCCUUUGUGAAGCAGAUCUCAUUAGGCACCAAAGAAUCCAUAUAGGAGAAAAUUCAUAUAGCUGCUCAGACAGUGGCAAAAAGUUAUCACGGGAUUCAGAUCUUGCUCAACACAAGAAUUCCCAGCCUUCAGAAUGGAACGCAUUUAUCUACUUAGCAAAUGAAAAGAAUUUAUCUGAUAGCAAGGCACAUGAUUUUGCAAAGGGAUUCCAUAGCAAUGGUAAACUUCAACAGCAUCUACUAACCCAUACAUCGGAGAAUAUUUUUGACAGCUCAGAGAUUUCAAAGAGAUUCAGUAGGAGUGAGUACUUUCAACUGCAUCAAAGGACCCACACAGAAGAAAAACCUUUUCAGUGCUUGGAGUUUGGAAAGAAAUCCAGCAGCGGUGGAGAUCUUCAACAGCAUUUCAGAACCCACACAGGAGAGAAACCUUUUGAGUGCUCUGAGUGUGGAAAGAAAUUCAGUCAGAGUUGUAAUCUUCAACAGCAUUUAAGAACCCACACAGGAGAGAAACCGUUUCAGUGCACAGAGUGUGAAAAGAAAUUCAGCAGCAGUGGAAAUCUUCGCAAGCAUUUAAGAACCCACACAGGAGAGAAACCUUUUCAGUGCACAGAGUGUGAAAAGAAAUUCAGCAGCAGUGGAGAUCUUCAAAAGCAUUUCAGAACCCACACAGGAGAGAAACCUUUUCAGUGUUCAGACUGUGGAAAGAGAUUCAGCAGCAGUGCAGGUCUUCAAAAGCAUUUAAGAACGCACACAGGAGAGAAAGCUUUUGCGUGCUCAGAGUGUGGAAAGAAAUUCAGUCAGAGUUGUAAUCUUCAACAGCACUUAAGAACCCACACAGGAGAGAAACCUUUUCAGUGCUCAGACUGUGGAAAGAAAUUUAGCAGCAGUGCAAGUCUUCAAAAGCAUUUAAGAACUCACACAGGAGAGAAACCUUUUCAGUGCCUAGAGUGUGGAAAGAAAUUCAGUCAGAGUGGUAAUCUUCGACUGCAUGAAAGAACCCACACAGAAGAGAAACCUUUUGAGUGCUCAGAGUGCGGAAAGAAAUUCACUUACAGCAGUAAUCUCCGACUGCAUGAAAGAACCCACACAGAAGAGAAACCUUUUGAGUGCUCAGAGUGUGGAAAGAAAUUCAUUAGCAGUGGAGGUCUUAAAAAACACUUAAGAAUCCACACAGGACAGAAACCUUUUGAGUGCUCAGAAUGUGGAAAGAGAUUCAAUCACAGUGACUAUCUUCAAGUGCACCAAAGAAUCCACACAGGAGAGAAACCUUUUGAGUGCUCAGACUGCGGAAAGAAAUUCAUCAGCAGUGGAGGGCUUCGAAAGCAUUUAAGAACACACACAGGAGAGAAACCCUUUGAGUGCUUAGAAUGUGGAAAGAAAUUCACCACCAGUGGAGAUCUUCAAGUGCAUCAAAGAACCCACACAGGAGAGAAACCUUUUGAGUGCUCAGAGUGUGGAAAGAAAUUCAGCGGCAGUGGAGAUCUUCAAAAGCAUUUCAGAACCCACAUGGGAGAGAAACCUUUUGAGUGCUUGCAAUGUGGAAAGAAAUUCAGCAGCAGUGGAGUUCUUCAAAAGCAUUUAAGAACCCACACAGGAGAGAAACCCUUUGGGUGCUUAGACUGUGGAAAGAAAUUCAGCACCAGUGGAAAUCUUCAAGUGCAUCGAAGAAUCCACACUGGAGAGAAACCUUUUGAGUGCUCAAAGUGCGGAAAGACAUUCAUCAGCAGUGGAGGUCUUCAAAUGCAUUUAAGAACCCACACAGGCGAGAAACCCUUUGAGUGCUUAGAGUGUGGAAAGAAAUUCAGCACCAGUGGAGAUCUUCAAGGACAUCAGAGAACCCACACAGGAGAAAAAUCUUUUGAGUGCUCAGAGUGUGGAAAGAAAUUCAGCAGCAGUGGAGAUCUUCAAAAGCAUUUCAGAACCCACACAGGAGAGAAACCUUUUGUGUGCUCAGAGUGUGGAAAGAGAUUCAGUCACAAUCAGAGCCUUCAAGUGCAUCGAAGAACUCAUACAGGAGAGAAACCUUUUGAGUGCUCAGAGUCUGGAAGGAAAUUCAGCUGCGGUGGAGAUUUUCAAAACCAUUUAAGAACCGACAUAGGAGAGAAAUCUUUUGAGUGCUCAGUGUGUGGAAAGACGUUCAGUAGAAGUGGCCAUCUUCAGUUGCAUCAAACAACCCACACUGGAGAGAAACCUUUUGAAUGCUUAGAGUGUGGUAAGACGUUCAAUAGGAGCGGUGACCUUCAAGUACAUCAAAGAACCCACACAGGAGAGAAACCUUUUGAGUGCUCAGAAUGUGGAAAGAAAUUUAUGAGCACUGGAGGUCUUCUAAAGCAUUUAAGAACCCACACAGGAGAGAAACCUUUUGAGUGCUCAGAGUGUGGAAAGAGAUUCAGCCAAAGUAGCAAUCUCCACCUACAUCAUAGAACCCACACAGGAGAGAAACCUUUUGAAUGCUCAGAGUGUGGAAAGAGAUUCAUUCACAGUAGCAGUCUUCUACUGCAUCAGAGAACCCACACAGGAGAGAAACCUUUUCAGUGCUCAGAGUGUGGAAAAAGAUUCAGUCGCAGUGGCACUCUUCAAGUGCAUCAGAUAACUCACACAGGAGAGAAACCUUUUGAGUGUUCAGAGUGUGGGAAGAGAUUCAGUAGGAGUGGAGAUUUCCAAAAGCAUUUAAGAACCCACAUGGGAGAGAAACCUUGUGAGUGCUCAGAGUGUGGAAGAAAAGCUGUCACUGUGGAUAUCUUUAAUUGCACCAAAGAACCCACACAGGAGAGAAAGCUUUUGAAUGCUCAGAGUAUGGAAUGAGAUGCAGUCGCAGUGAUACUCUUCCAGGAGCUCAAAGAACCCACAGAGGAGAGAAACCUUUUCAGUGCUUAGAGUGUGGAAAGAAAUUGAGCAGCAGUGGAGAUCUUCAAAAGCGUUAAAAAAAACCUACCCAGGAAAGAAUGGAGUGCUCAGAGUGUGGAAAGAAAUUCAGUCACACUGGAUGUCUUCAACUGCAUCAAAGAACCCACACAAAAGAGAAUUUUUUUUGAGUGCUUAGAGUGUGGAAAGAGAUUCAGUCAGAGUAACAAUCUUCCAGGAUAUCAAAGAACCCACACAGGAAAGAAACCUUUUGAGUCUCAGAGUAUGGAAAGAGAUUCAGUAGAAGUAGAUAUCUUCAAAAGCAACUAAGAACCUACAUAGGGUGAUGUAUUUGAUCCCUGGCUGGUUAGCCCCAACUGUCUCAGAUCCAGUGGACUUGUCCUUCAAGGUGAGAUGCUUCAAGCCGUGGAAAGAAACGAGCUGAUGACAUUGGCAGCCAGCCCUGAAUGGUGGGAAGGUGAGCAGGAGUGGUAAGCCCCUCCCAGGCAAAGAGCUUUAAGGAACAGGAAGAAUUAGCUGUGGAGCAGAGACUGGCAGGAUCGACCAGGCCUAGGAAUGAAAGGGAGGGGUGGGAAGAAAGCUGAGUCACAUAGCCAGGCUGAGGGUUCUACAAAAUUGAAGGAGGUGCUGGGACAACAAGCCUUGUGCUCCUUCUCUCUUUCUGAGACUGGCUGAGGUUGGUAGGGGGCAAGAGAAGACAGAGAAAGGCACAGAAGCUUUUGCGGGAUCAGGACAACCAUCGGCUUUUGAAUGCUUGGUGUAUGAAAAGAGAUUUAUUGAAAGAGACAGUGUUCAAGGGCAUGAAAUAAUCCACAGAGGAGAAACCUUUUGAGUACUUCGAGUGUGGAAAGAGAUUCAUUCCAAAACCCAACCUUCAACAACAUUAAAGAACACACAGGAGGGGGAACCAUUUCAUAUCUUAUUGACAACCACAGACUACACACAGAUAAUUAGUACAUUUCAGAUUUGUUUUAGAUACACUUGUGGUAAAGAACCGAUCAUUUAUCUA